UCACCUCGCAAAACGCAAAACUACGACAUGCGAGCCGCGAACAACCUCACGUUUGUCGCUACUCCACCGAAGGAUGAGUAGUGAUCCGGAAAAAAGUGAUAAUUCAGACUUGAACCAUCAUAUCCGAUCUAAUUAUUGCCGUACUCGUCCACAAUAUCGCAAAUCUCGCAAGUUGACCGCUGUAAAGGUAUACUCGGUGGCGAACGAGUCUCGACAUCUGCUCGUAUUUGGAGUACCUCAAAUUAACCUAGUGCGGGAAUUGAAGGACCAACUACGGCGACACGGCAACGUCCAACUGGUGCAGAACGUCACCGACAAUAUCAAGGCUUCCGGAAGCUUUGAAGUCGAAGCCUUUACGGACGUGUUUUAUGUUAGAUUUGAGAAACUGGACAAAGCUCGCCGAGCCAAAAAAAUCUUGGAUGCAAAGAAUUUCUACGGAGGAAUUCUGCACAUAUCCUACGCACCGGAACGGGAGACAGCAGAAGAUUUAAGACAGAAGUUGUUUCAACGGAAACGGGAAGCGGAUUAUCGUUUGUAUUUGAAUCGAACGGCACCAAAAAAGGCUUCGGGGCCAGCUGAACAAAACACCAUUGGUCCCAUGCAACCAAAGCGAAUAAAAAGGAUUUAAGUCGGCAAAGUGUAGUUACUGGCAACAAGCCCCGCAACAAUAGAAGAUGCUAUUUGACAUAUGUAGUGUCUGAGUCGCCAUUAUUCUUUACUUGUG